AUGUCGUUGCCCAAAAGGAUCAAUGCCAAGGCGCGCGUGGCAAACUGCCAGGUCAUUGUGGCGGGUCCGGCAGCCACCGGCAAGACCUGCUUGAUUGAAAGAUUCGUGAACAACGUCUUCGCUGCGGACGACGCCACCCACGGACCAACUUUGGGCUGCGACUGUUUGCAGAAGGCCGUCUUUAUCGACGACACUGAGGUGCACCUGUUCCUAUACGACACUGCAGGGCAAGAGCGAUUUGCAGAUAUGGCCGCCAGCUACUACCGCGUGGGGGAGGUGUGCUUGCUUUGCUUCGAUAUGUCUGAUGUGUCAACCUUUGACCGGACGCAGUUCUGGAAGAAGAAGGUUUCUGACCACAACCCGAAGUGCUUGUUCAUCUUGGUUGGCACCAAAGAGGAUCUGCUCUCAGAGGAGACUUGCGCCCCUUUUUUGGAGCGUUGGCUCCGGUCUUUCGGUCUUUCCCCACUUGUCCUGGUUUGA